CAUUGUUUGAAUUUUCUGCAAAUUGGGUGUUGAAAAGUUUGUUUAGCAGAGAUGGGUUUUAGCUUGAAAGCUUAUUUCCUUGUUGCACUGGUUGUGUUUGAUAUAAGUUGCAUGGUGUUCAUUAAGGAUGUUGAAGCAGCUGGGGAGUGUGGAAAGACUCCAAUUAGGUCUGCUGCGGUAAGUUUAAGCCCAUGCUUAGGAGCGGCUGGGAACGCAAAGGCAAAAGUUCCGCCUGCUUGCUGCUCCAAGGUUGGUGCCUUACUUAAGGCUUCUCCGAGGUGCCUUUGUGCUAUUUUAUUAUCACCAUUGGCAAAGCAGGCUGGAAUCAAGCCUGGGAUUGCCAUUGGCAUUCCUAAAAGAUGUAACAUUAGGAACAGGCAAGCUGGAAAAAAAUGUGGAAGCUACACAGUCCCAUGAGACAAACUAAUACCUUAUACAAGAAGAGAAGAGAGAGCUAAUAAAUAAACAAGUGCAGCAUUGCAUUUGCAUGGUCAUUGCGGAUUCAUCCUUCCAAAGCAAUUGUUUAUGUCUUUUUUAAUGUAAUCUUCAGCAGCUAAGUUACAUUAUCAUCUUAAUUGAGCAAAUGCUCUUUUUAUGCUCACUUUCCAUUAUGUUAGUAUUGUUUCAAAAAUAAUUUCUCUUUCUCUCUCACUACCGAUUUGUAUUUGAAAUCUAUUAAUGUUCCUGACUUAGACAAAA